CUUUUAUUUUGGUGUGGUAACAUGAUGUAAUAAGGCUGCGCCGCACUCCUGCAUUUGUGAUUCUGCUGAAGAAAGAGUGUCCAAAUCAGAUCCACGUGACACUAUUAUGAAGAUGGUGCUUAUUAAAGAGGAGAGUGAAGACGUGAAGAUUGAAGAAACAUUCAGAGUCAAACAUGAAGAUACUGAGGAACAAACAGACCUGAUGGUGCUGAAAGAGGAGAGUCAACAACUGAAUAAAAUUGAAGAGGAAAAUCAAUAUGAGAAACAUCAUGAUUUCAUGAUUGGAGAACAAACUGGAGAGAAGCUUUUCACAUGCCAUCAGUGCGGAAAGUGUUUCCGUCAAAAACAUAACCUUACAGUCCACAUGAGAGUUCACACUGGAGAGAAACCUCACACAUGCCAUCAGUGUGGAAAGAGUUUCACUCAAAAAGGAAACCUCAAAAUACACAUGAGAAUUCACACUGGAGAGAAGCCUUUCAUCUGCCAACAGUGUGGAAAGAGCUUCACAGCAGAACCAAACCUUAGGUGUCACAUGAACAGUCACACUGGAGAGAAGCCGUUUACAUGCGGUCAGUGUGGAAAGAGUUUCAGUCAUAACAGUAGCCUCAUCGUCCACAUGAGACUUCACACUGGAGAGAAGCCUUACACAUGCACUCAGUGUGGAAAGAAUUUCACACAGAAAAUCAUCCUUGAUUACCACAUGAACAGUCACACUGGAGAGAGAUCUUUCACCUGCCAACAGUGUGGAAAAAGUUUCGGUCGAAAACAAAGCCUUGAAAUCCACUUGAGGAUUCACACUGGAGAGAAGCGUUUCACCUGCACUCAGUGUGGAAAGAGUUUUACACAUAAAAACACUCUUGAUUACCACAUGAGAAUUCACACUGGAGAGAAGCUGUUUAUAUGUGAUCAGUGUGGAAAGAGUUUCACAACAGAACUAAACCUUAGGUGUCACAUGAACAGUCACACUGGAGAGAAACCGUUCACAUGCAGUCAGUGUGGAAAGAGUUUCAGUCAUAACAGUAGCCUCAUCGUCCACAUGAGACUUCACACUGGACAGAAGCCUUACACCUGCAAACCGUGUGGGAAGAGCUUCACACAGAAAGGAAAUCUUAAAACUCACAUGAGAGUUCACACCGGAGAGAAGAGAUUCAUGUGUGGAAGACACACUAUUAUAAAGAUGGAGUUUAUUAAAGAGGAGAGUGAAGACGUGAAGAUUGAAGAAACAUUCAGAGUCAAACAUGAAGAUACUGAGGAACAAACAGACCUGAUGAUGCUGAAACAGGAGAGUCAAGAACUGAAUGAAAUGGAAGAGAAAAAUCAGGAUGAGAAAUGUCAUGAUCUCAUGACUGGGGAAAAAUCUUUUAGUUGCUCACAGACUCAUAAAACAGAAACUAGAAACCUCCAGAUGAGAGUUCACAUGGGAGAGAGCCCUUUGACCUGUCAACAAUGUGGAAAGAGUUUCAAUCGAAAAGACGGCCUGAGAUUCCACUUGAAAAUCCACACUGGAGAGAAGCCGUUCAUAUGCCCUCAGUGUGGAAAGAGUUUUACACAGAAAAAAAUCCUUAAUGCCCACUUGAGAGUUCACACUGGAGAGAAGCCUCACACCUGCCAACAGUGUGGGAAGAGUUUCUCGGUGAAAGGAAAUCUUAAGACUCACAUGACAGUUCACACUGGAGAGAAGCCAUUUGGUUGUGAUCAGUGUGGAAAGAGUUUUAGAUAUAAAGAUAGCUUUAAUCAUCAUAUGAGGUUUCACUUAAGAGAGAAAUGUUUUAUGUGUCAUCAGUGCAAAAGGAGUUUCAUAGACAAGAAUCACCUUAAGAAUCAUGUAAAAAUUCACAUUGGAGAGAAGCCUUUCAUGUGUCAUCACUGUGGAAAGAUUUUUGCAAACAGAGCAAACCUUAAGAAUCACAUGAGAAUUCACACUGGAGAGAAGCCUUUCACCUGCCCUCAGUGUGGAAAGAGCUUCACUCUUAAAGGAAACCUGAAGAUUCACAUUAGAGUUCACACUGGAGAGAAGCCUUACAAGUGUCUUCAGUGUGAGAAGAGUUUUACAUAUCUUGCAGACCUGAAAAGACAUUUGCAAACUCAUUCUGAAAAGAAAUAGUCAUUUUCCUCAGUGUGAUAAGAGGUUUAGAAUAAGGAGCAAUUUUAACAAUUAUCUGUGCAUUCACUCUGGAGAAAGAUAAAAAUGUCACACUUACAAAUACAUAUUAAAAGUCAUGUAAACGUGA